CGUGAUUAGAGUUAUCGUCCCUUCAACAAUGAUUGCCAAACCAAGUUAGGGGAGACACCGUGACUUUAAGAAAAUUGUAAAAGGUUUCAUGAAAGACGUGAUUUCAAUGUGAGACUAGGAUACACGGGAGAUCAACAUGACAAGUAGGCAGCGUUUGUUGGAAAAAAUCUCAGGAUUUCCUAAAGAAAAGAUAGAUGAAAUCUUCAAAAGAAGGGGGAAAACUCGCAUUCAAGUUCUAAGAGAAUUGAAAUUGAUAAAACAAGAUGACAGUGCGGAAGAAAAGGAAAGUGUGGAAGAUAUUACUCAAAGGGUGCUCAAUGUUGAAUUGAAAAUUGAAGACUUGGAUAAUCUAACUGAAUUUGUGUUGGUGUGCCUGUUUGUUUUAGAUAUAGACAACCCUUACUUAGAUGAACUUAUUAUACUGGUUCUUGGAAGCAGUAUGGACAAUUUAGAAACAAAGAACAAAAAGUGGGAAAAUUUGAUUAGGAAACUUAAAGAAGAUACAGUGGAGAUUAAACCAUCAAAAUUCUACAAAGGAAAGCCUUAUGAAGAUGAAGAGAAGUCUGGUAAUAAUGACAAAACACAGCAACAGAAGACCCUUGAAAAUCAACUUAGAGGUUACUUUCCAUACCAGACUUCGAUGGAAGAAACUAAUCUUGAGCUGCUUCAGUGCUGUGUUAGAGAACUACAAAAUGAAUGCAUCAGACGCUGGAAAAGUGGCGAAGAAUUUGGGGGACUUCUGAAAAAAUCAGAAUGGGAAACAUCAUACGUAUUUGGAACUGAAAAAAUGGCACAGGUUUUACGCAGGCACUUAAAUGAUAUAGAUGUCGCAGACUCCAAAAAAACAGACAUUGGAAACUCAAAUGUUCAUAGAGAUAAGCAACAAAUGGCUGAAAAUGCUACAGAAAUGAUCAAGAAAUUAAAAAAGCCCAAGGAAGAGGACAAGUUCCAGAUUGCAAAAGAUGGAUUAACUUUAUUAAAGCAGGAGUCUGUUGGAGUGUGUUUCUUUAGAUUAUCUGCUACAUGUACUCUACAAGUUGAGGGGUUAGAGAUUUUAGGCUCCUUAAAAAAGAAAAUUAAGGAUGAAGUUAUGGAGUUGAAAGACAAGCCACCAAGCAAGGCUGAUAUUUUGAGGACCCUCACCAGACAUUCUGUGGGCAUCCUCCUCUGGAAGAACCACUGCCAGGCUUCUGUCACUUGUGUGGGGGAAAAUGUAGUGCUGACUGCAGCUCACUUAUUUACUCCAGAUAAAUCAGAGAUUUGGAAUCAUUUGCUAAGGAUGUAUUGUGAAAAGAUGUUUCCUCUAUCAGCAUUGAAAUUGAAGACUUUCUGUGAUCUUAAACAACAAUGCUAUACGUACCUGGCCAAGAGCGGAGGAAAUACAGGAAGUGUAUUAGAAGACUCAUUUAAAAAAUUCAUUGAAGACAACUGGGAAACAACUAUCAAAAAGGGAAUUCAGGAAUUGGAAGAAAAGGAAGAUAAGAGUGCUAGUGAUAAAGUUGUUGAUGAUAUGAACGAAGGAAUUCAGGAAUUGGAAAAAAAGGAAGAUAAGAGUGCUAGUGAUAAAGUUGUUGAUGAUAUGAACGAAGAAAUAAAAAAGUUGGCAGAAGUAAGAGAAGAGGAUUUAGUGAACUUGUAUGCUGAGGAGAUUAAAAUACAUAUAGGACAUAUGGAAGAUGUGGAAGAUCAUUUCAAAGCAAAGUGUUGCCGUUACUAUGUAAAAGAAGUGAUUCUUCUUGAUCAUGAGUUGGAUGUUGCAGUGUUAGAGAUUGCAGAAUCAAAUGAUUUUCGACUCGCACACGGAAAGGAUGAUAUAAUGUGUAUCAGACAAGAAAUUGUUCCUAUGCCCAUUACUUCAGCACCUGUUCCGGAUGGACAUCUCUUUAUUGCAGCUCACCCAUUUGGGAAGACUUUGUGUAUGGAGAGUUCUGUGAAGCUUCUCGAUGACAGUGAGAAGUCUGUGUUUGUUGAGAACUUUAUUACCCAGGCAAUAGUGCAAGCUUGCUCCAAGAGCAGAAUUUCGAUCCUUCGGCAUGUUGAAAAUGCAGAGACGGUGUGUGCAAGACUUCCGGUCUGUUUUUGGGGGGACAAGUACAAGUAUGAAGCAGUUGAAAAUUUGAUCAAGAGGACAGACACAAAUUGGAGAAUUGCUCAUUUAGAAUAUCAUAAAGAAACGGAAUAUGACUUUGAGAAGGGAUUCAUUAUUCUGACAGAAAACAAUGAAAAAGUUAUUAAGAUACCUAUCAAAACAAAGAAAAAUGAAGGACAGGUAGAGGUUUCUACAAAAGCUAAAAGGUUACUGAUUCCAGGACAAGAGGGGAAAGAAAAUAAAUGGCAUGAAUAUGAUUUUAAAAAAUUUUUGCACUCAGACUUACCAAAGAGAGGUGAUCUGCAGAUACCAAUCCAGAAAAUUAGUGAGAGAAAUGGGCAACCCUACAGGUUUAUUCUCACAUCUAAAUAUGAUCAAGCCAGCUAUGCAUGCCAGGUUGAUGAAAAGGAAGGCACCCUUGUAAUAAAAAAGUUAAACAACCCCAUUAAUGUUGAAGAAAGUAAUAAAUCUGUGGUAUUGUGUCUUGUAACUAAGGUGAAUUAUAUCAAAUGUGAGAUAGUACCAGCAUGUGAAGAAAAAGGUAAAUUUAAAUUGAAUGACAAAGAAAUUAAGGAUGCCUGCAGUGGCACAGUAAAAUUGGAAAAUUUAGAAGAUCAGAAACCAGAAUAUGAAGUACCAGUAGAAAUAAGGAUGGACAAACCCUUCAACUUACCUGAAUUGUCACUUAGCCUGCAGAAAGAUAGUGAAGGAAAACUUUCACUCCUUUACAAUUUUAGAGAAGGAAGAGCAAAAUCAGGGAAGACUUUUUAUUUUAGUCUGAAACAAGAAAAACUCCUGAACAUUGAACUUGAUUAUGGAAUGAACAAAAAGAGAGCUGAGAAACAGAGUUCCUGUACUUUGAAGGUCAAAGUAGAUGAGAAAAAUCCCAGCAAUGAAAAUGUCGAAGAUGAGCAAAAUCCAAAUGAAGUUAAAAAAUAUCCUCACAAGGAAGAUGUUAGAAAUAUAUUGCAAGAUAUUAUGAUGAAAAAUGUUAAGAAGAAAAAUGAUGCCAUUCGUUUGAAGGAAGAGGUACAGGGAGAGUCCUGGAUUGGGAACAUUUUAAUCAGAAGACAUUAUACAGAUGGACACAAGUAUUGUAACUUAGAAUUAAAGUAUGAUAUAACAGGAACAUUAUCAUACAGAGCAAUAUGGCAAAAACGAAGGGAAUGGACUAUGGAGGAUAAAAUCAAGUAUGUUGUUUGGCCAACCUUCUCAUGGUCUACUGAUUUUGUGCUUGAGUUUUGUAAAACAGAAAAGUCAAGAGUGACUUUGUCCAUCCACAAUACUGCCGACAGUUACAGAAUCAUGGAGUACUUUGAUCCAAGUGGAAAACAUUCAAUCCGACAAAUACAUUUACCAGUGACAGGAAAUCCCACUGUACCUGGGAAAGUCAUCUAUGUUGAAAAUAAAAGACUUGGGAAACUGGGGUCUGCUAACAAAGAAAUGAAGAGUCAUUUCAAACAGACAUUGAACAGGUCACUAAGUACAAAUGAAAUAAAGGAAUAUAUUGUUACAGAGGAAAUUAAAAUAUAUGGGAGGGAAAAGUACAUUAGAAUGGAGCAGUUAGCCCAUACAAAGUUAAUUGACAUGGAACAUGGGGCCUCGGGGGGAGCAUGCUGUUUCAUCGGAGAGCAAGGGCAACUACUCUUCCAUGGAAUGUUUCUUGGAGCAUGUCCUUCAUUUUACUACAAUGAUGCAGAGUGUAAGCUGUUUUUCAACAAAACUGGUACCUGCUUCAAUGAAGUGCUGCCUUCUAAAUGUUUAAUUGAUAUAUUGAAGAAAUCAACUGGUAAAGCUAAGCUUGAUCGAAAUCCCAAACCUCCGGAAAGUUUUUACAUCAAAAUUGAAAAUUAAAGGACAAAUAUUUAUUAUCUUACUUUAGAAGGGACAUGGUCCUUCAUUUGAACAAACUUGAGAGACCGUGAUAGUCCAAUUGUGAAAAAUUUUUGACAAUAUUUCAGCCAAAUAGUUGAAAAUAGCUUAGUUGUAGCAAAGUUCAUCAUAGAAAUUAAAUUACCCGGUUAUAAAACUUUAAAUAUUAUGGAAAAAGAUGAAGAAUGUAUAUCAUUAAAGCAAUUCUGCAUGUUGGAUGAUGAUUCCUUAACGUCACUGUAUAUGUAUAAAUAAUAGACUUAAACAUAAUUCAUAGGAAAAGAAAAAAGAUUGAAACAAAGAAUGUAUGAUAACAUAACCAUUUAUUGAAAUAUAUACCGGUAUGUGCGCUCUUACAUGGUCAUUACUGUGGAAUCAUUCGAAUUCAUUUUGGCCAUUUUGGUGGAUUGACAAUUUCUGAAAGUUGAAAAGUUUUGGUUGUAUAUCUAAAAAGAUAUAAGUUCAUGUACUAUGUUUCAUAUUUAAUUUGGGGGAGGGGGGGGGGGGUGUUAAUUCAUGGGUGAGGGGUACCCGAGAGAAAUCCCUGAAAGUUAUUUAAGUCUCAGUGAACUCUAUUGAUUUCUCUUCAAAUGGACAUGUUAUAGGUUAAGAUAAACAAAAUGGUCUAGGUGCCUCUUGUUUGUAACAGAUUCACCAUAACUGGAUACAUCAUCAAAGACUGAAACAAAUUUCAAACAACACAUUCAGUGAAGGCUUUUGAUUCAUAUUAAGAAGAAACUAAUAGUUGAAUUUUUGACUGAUACUGGGGAAAACAGAGAAAGUGAACUGGCAAUUGUUGGAUUUUAUAGACAAAUUCCAACUUCUUCAUCUGUGAGAUUCAAUUUUUCAGCUGGAGAGUGGGGUGUUCUUUGUUGAAGUGCUUUCUUUGGUUAUUUGGAACAACAUUCUAUGAAGACUUUUACAGCCACUAGACUUUUACAGGCACUGGUAGUAGUAUAACAGUUGGACAGCUGCAGCUCUAGAGUGAUGAGAAAUUGUGGGUUUCUAGUGCAGUGGCUCUCAUCUUCAUUAUUAAAUACAUGUAUUUUUUAAGAAUAUAUUAAAUUUACAUGUAAUUACUGUAGAAUCAGUUUUAUUCGUGAGGUCAAUGUUCGUGGGUAGCUAAAUUUUUUCCUGGUUUGUGCGAACGUAAUUUCAUUGGUAGAAAGUUUGGGAUAAUCUUAAUAAAUAUUAAACAUAUUAAUGCUUGUAUAUACAUUCAUCGGGAUGUAAAUUUGUGGCCAAGGGUUACCCACAAAAGCCACGAACAUUGGUCGCCCAUGAAAAAUGUUGAUUCCACAGUAAAAGCUAUUCAUGCACUCAUUAGGUUUCAUUUUUUCUUUUGAUCUUUGUAGAGAUUUAUAUCACCUAUAUUCAGAAAAGUGAUGAUAUAUUAUAUAAAUAGUGCCUGUUUGGGAGGGUAACAGUUGAAAUUGACACCCCGAGGAAACCAUUGUCAACCGACGCGAAGCGGAGGUUGACAAUGGUUUUCGAGGGCUGUCAAUUUCAACUGUUAUCGUCCCAAACAGGCACUAUUCAUUUUAUUAUACUGAAUGUCUUAAUUUUAGAGAAUUUUUUACUGCUUUUAUAUAGAAAUGACGUGAAUUCUACAGCGAACCGAAUGCGCAUAAUUUACGCGCAUGUAACAAUUCGUUGUGUUACCCGUUGCUAAGUGUGUUGCUAAUGCUGAGGGUAAUAGAACAGAUUAUCAACUGCGUCUAAACCAAUCACAUUUCAGUAUUUAAUGUGAAAGUAUAAUAAUAUAAAAUAUCACAUUUAAAUCUGAAGUCAAGGGUUGCAUAUAGCUUCUUGAGAGUUGAGUUUACAUUAUUCAAAUAUUAACAAAACAUGGCAGGAGUAAAGCCGAAUGGAUCAGAAACCCUUGACUUUGGAAGAUAAUUUAAAAUAUGGUUUUCUUAUUGCACAUGCACUUACAGAUAAUCCAAAAUAUAUGACAUUUUUCUAGCCUUUUUAAUGAUUUUGAUAUAUUUGAUGUGCCUGGAAAAUGUUUUUUCUGGAACAUCAAACAUCAAAAUAUUAAUCAUUAAAAUAAUCAGGAUUAUUUAGACUAACUUAAAGAGGUUCAAUCUUUUUGUGUGCUAUACUUGAAAAUAUUUUUCAUUUAUGAUUAUUUUGUAUCAUUUUAUUAUUAUAAUAGAUUACGGUAAUUACAUAUGCCAAAAUUUAUUUUUUAGAAGGAAAGACAUUUUUGUUGAACUUUCAAGGUUCAAGAGCAAUUCCAUUUUGUAUGAUGAAUACCAGUAAUCAUAAAUUCCCGAAGAAUUAUUUUUUUAAUAUCUUUUUUGCUGCAGAACUGAAGCUCUACAGAAAUUUGGGUUGACCCAAAUUCCUGUAGCUUCAGUUCUGCAUGCAACUACAAAUUAUUCAUUAAAUCAGUACAUUGAGAGUUUAGAUAAUUAUUAUCCAUGCAUCAUUUUGACUAAACGAUCGAUCCUGAGUUGGAAAACUAUGUACUUUAAAAGAGGUUUUGGUACAAAAAUUUCAGAUGGGAUGCAUUAUAGUUUAUUUGGAUCAAGAUAAUGGGGAAGCAUUUGUUGGGGAUUGGACUAUGUAGGGAAUCAGCAUGGAUGCAUGAAAAUGGUGAAAAUUAUACUGGUAUGAAUUAAAUACACACAGCAAAAGAGUCGCCACCUAGGGUUUGGGGUCUGCUAGAUAGAUAGAUAAAAGUCAGAGAUAAUUAUAAUGAACCAAUCAAUUAAUCAUUUAAAUUUCACCUUGAAGUAUUAUAAUCAAGAUAAAAAGCUGGUUAAACCCCUCCUUCCUCCAUGGAUUACAAUUUAGAGGAUUGGUGAACAUAGUUUUUCCUUUUCUUUGUUUUUUACUUGUCAAAAUUUCGGAUAAGUAUGCCCCCCACUGGCGUCGGAAGCAAAUUGAAAGUGGGGG